UCAACCUUGAGCUUCAGGGGAGAAGAAGAUAAUGGCUACUACUACUUGGAUUAAACAAUUAUUAUUAGUUCUAACAACCAAACCAGCUCUUCUCUGCUUGUCUGUAACAAUUCGAAAGAGUCAACCUUUCUACUUUUUCAAUACCUCAGUGUCCUUACAAAUACAGGAUUCGCCCCGCCGUAACACAUUAUACGAAAAGAGAGUUUGAAAAAUAAAAUAAAUCAUGGCGAUAGGACGCCAUGUCUUCGUGUUAUUGUCUGUGUUAGUGUUGUCAUGGGGACUAAAGAGAUGUGAGGCUACUGGGAAGUUCAGCUUCGAAGUUCACCACAUGUUCUCUGAUGCUGUUAAACAAAAUCUCGGGUUUGACAAUCUUGUCCCUGAAGAAGGAAGUUUGGAGUACUUCAAGGUCUUAGCCCAACGUGAUCUCUUCAGAGGUCGAGGUCUUGCCUCCAACAACGAAGAUUCCCCUCUCACUUCCGCUGAAGGAAACCUCACGGUUUUCGUCAGUUUCUUGGGAUCACUGCAUUACGCAAAUGUAUCUGUGGGAACACCGGCUACUUGGUUCCUUGUGGCUUUGGACACAGGCAGCGAUUUGUUCUGGUUGCCUUGCAAUUGUGGUGUUACUUGCAUCAGCGACUUGAAAGAUGCUGGCUUUCCACAGAGUGUACCACUGAAUCUAUACAGUCCCAAUACAUCUUCUACAAGUUCAAGCAUCAGAUGCAGUGACGAUCGUUGUUUUGAAUCGGAACGGUGUUCUUCUCCUUCUUCAAGUGUUUGUCCUUAUCAGGUUUCCGAGUCUACCACCACAACCUCCACAGGGACAUUGUUGCAAGACGUGUUUCAUCUCGUCACAGAGGAUGUGGAUUUAAAGCCUGUGGAAGCUAACGUCACGCUUGGUUGCGGUCAGAGACAGACAGGUCUGUUCCAGAACUUUCAAGCCGUGAACGGUGUUCUCGGGCUUGGUGUGAAGGACUAUUCUGUUCCUAGCCUUCUCGCAAAAGCCAAACUCGCCGCAAACUCCUUCUCGAUAUGUUUCGGACGUGUCAUUGGCGUUGUUGGAAGAAUCAGUUUCGGAGACAAAGGCUACACAGACCAGUCUGAGACUCCCUUCAUAUCUGUUGAACCAAGUACGGCGUAUGGUGUGAAUGUGACGGGACUAUCAGUGGGGAAAAAAGCUGUUGGGUUUAGCAUGUUUGCACAGUUCGACACUGGCUCAUCAUACACACACUUAAGGGAGCCAGCAUAUAGUGCUUUUACCAAAGCUUUUAACAGCCGUGCCUUGGACAUUCGAACACCAUCCGAUCCUCAGUUUCCGUUUGAGUUCUGUUACAACUUGAGUCCAAACGCUACAAACAUUACUUUCCCACCAAUAGAUAUGACUUUUGAAGGAGGGUCAGUGAUGAGCAUCAAGAAUCCUUUUGUCACAAUAAAGACCGAGGCAGGUGGUCGGAUGUACUGUUUGAGUAUUCUGAAAAUUGAAGAUCUUAGGCCUAACAUCAUUGGACAGAACUUGAUGGCUGGAUACCGCAUUGUAUUCGACCGGGAGAGGAUGGUUUUGGGUUGGAAGCGGUCUAAUUGUUUUGAGGAUGAAAGCUUAACAUCUGCUCCACCAGCAGAGUUUGGAGAUUCUCCACCACCACCAUCAGAGUCUGAAGGUCCUUCACCACCAGAGUCUGAAGCUCCUUCACCACCCACAGAAUCCAAUCCACUACUUCGUUCUCCUCCGCCUCCUCCUUUGUUUUUUACUACUACACCACCUAGUGACUCCACAGAAAGUCCUGGCUCGAGCGGUGUAGCCAAUGUCAGCCCUCUUGGAUCCCUGCUUCUGCUAUCUCUUUUGGCCUUCCUGUGAUUCAUACAAAAGGCAUUGGUUUGACCAUUUAAUGUUUCAAUUUAAUAAGAAUCUUCGUUUGAUGAGCAGAAGCAAUCAAUAUUCAUUGGUUUGAGAAUUGUAAUAUUAUCUUAUCUCCCUGUUAUAACCAUGUAUGUUUUUUUUUGUUAUACUAAUGUUUUGGACAUGCCAAGUGCCUGGGGUAAAUGCGCAAAGGAGGAGAUACAUUGUCAUGACAAGUUUUAGAGGUCAGGAUUAACAAAUGAAAGAAGAGUUAAGGGGCAUUUUUUUCUUGUAAACUUAAAGAAGACGUGAAGUACAAUGUUGUUGUCUAUAAUGCUUUCCAUAAUAGCAGGAGUUAGGUGAAAGUUUGCUCGUUGAUCAGAGAAUACUAUAAUAGUAGGAAGUUUAAGUGCAAAAUAAGAAGUUUAAGUGCAAAAUAAGAAGAGUAAAGGGGCUAUUUAGGCAAAAAGAAAGCGUUACUGAUCUGACCUUGUCAACCAUACCAAUACCAUCCAGCUUAUGAGAAGAGGAAGCAGCAAAGUAAUGGCUUACUAGUCCGAGUAAACAAGUAUUAUUAUUUCUAAGAACCAACUCAACAUCUCUCUGCUUGCCUGGAAUAGCAAAGUAAUGGCUUACUACUCCGACUAAAGUAAUGACCUUUUUCAUGCCAACGUAUCUGUGGGAACACCGGUCAACUUGGUUCCUGGUGGCUAUGGUCCUCUGGACACAUGAAAGACCUUGGGCUUCAUAUUUACUACCUUUCUCCUCACUAAAGCAGAAACUUUCUCUUUUCUAACGCCUCUUCUUCUAUUGUUUUUUUUUAAUGCAACCACAUUUUGAGUAUGAUUGAUGCUUAACUAAGAUACAAAUCUGUUCAAAACACACAUAAAUACAUAAUGAUGCAUUUUGUCAACAACAUUUUUAUCCUCAUUAGUUUCAGUCUUGCCUUAACAAAAUCAAAGAUCAAUCAAACCACAUCAGGUGCUGAUACCCAAAAAUGGUAGCUUGUAGACUUAAACAUAUGGUUUUGCAAAAAAAAAAAAACUAUAACCUUUACAUGAUUACUCGUUUAUCUGGUUAAUUUAUUCAUAAGAAAAAAAAUCCACCGGCGAUUUCCUCCUCGGUUGAUGCUGAGGAUCCACCCACUCGAUCCUCUGAUUCCCACUUCUUCUUCUUAUGGCUGCGGCGGCGAGUAGUCAUUACCUGUUUCGAGCUUCAUUGCGCACGAGGAUCUUUCUCUCCUUCCUGGUGAUGAAUCCUUCCUUUUUCUCCACAUAAUAACGGCAAUGCAAACCUUCCAAAUUGCUCCGCCGAGGCCGGGACUCUGAUAAAGGCAGAGUCUUUGGCCUGCUUCUCGUCCUCCGGUUUUCUCCAAACAAGUUGCCUUCUUUGGAACCGCUGAAUGAUUUAUCCGAACGAUCUCAGCACUGCGGCAGGUACGAGCUUUUUCUGCUCCAGGAAUAGGAUAAGAGAAGCAGAGGUUGCACCAAUUUUUGCGAACGAUCCAUGCCUUGGUUCGAUCUUGUUUUGCAUUUUAUUACUUUACAACUUUAACAUCUACCAACUGCCUCUUGGAUUACUGAAUGUUUAUAGCACCUAAGCAGCUUUUGAUCUUGUUCAACAUGUUAGCUUAGCUUACCAAGCAAGCAUCUCCCUUGCUUGCUGCUACUUCAUUUUUCACUAGUAUCAUCGCUAACCCGUUAAUGCAGAAGCUGAGCCUUAGUGUACCAAGAGGAUCAGGAUUCGGCCCAAAGAGGUUGCUCUUAUGUCGUGUCACAAACCCUCAGCUCCGAAUUUUUUCACAGAAAACCGGAAAGAGAAGGUUUUUUUUUAUCAUCUUGAGGAUCACAGCCAUGGAAACAGGCAAAGCUAUGACCAAGGAUGAAUCUAUAUAAGGAGACGAGGUGAUUGGCACAAGUAUAUAUGGCGCUGUGAUCACAGGAAUUUAUAACCAGACACAUAACACUAAUAGUUGGAAGCAGUUGGGGAAUCACGAGAGCAAGAAACCAAUACCAGCUUCCCUUACUGAUAUGUGAUGUGAUGCACAUUGCCUUUUCCGGCUGUUGUGGGCAUUUUGUCUACAUGUACUGUGUGGCAAUUGGUUUGAUUGCUCCUCAGAAGUAGUACAUCAACAACUAUUUCUUUUUGUUUUCUGAGAAUCGCAAAAGAACCGUGUUUGCAUAAGCAAGAGAAUAACAUGGUAGAAGAAGCUUUGUUUGGUAUC